AUGGCAAGCCUAGGCAAUGAAUCAGAUCGCCGAUCACCGACUUCGCCCUGUUGCCAUGCCUUUAGGUGCCACUUUCCUGGCUGCAGCGCCAGCUACCGGCGCAAGGAGCACCUGCACCGCCACGAAGGAAAACACUUGCAGCAGCAGUCUUUUAAAUGUUCCAAUUGUGGUCGAGAAUUUGGACGAAGUGACACACUUCGACGCCAUGUCCGUCAGCGUCACGGAAUAAUUGAACCUCUCAAACGUGCACAGCGAGCUUGUGAGAGCUGCCAUGCAGCGAAAUCUCGGUGCGAAGGAGGUGUGCCUUGUGAUGAGUGUCUACGUCGCAAGAUCCAGUGCUCUUUCGCCGACUCCGCUGGUACGGUAGAAAAUCAACCUCCCGGAUCCUCAAUACAUCAUGUACCGAGCAUGAACCAUAAUCAGCCAGGGUUACAGCAUGCGGAGAAGACCGAGCAGUACAUCCGUCUUUAUUUCGAGGCUUUCCACCCCUCCUGGCCAUUCAUCCACAAAGCAAUAUUCGACAUACGCCAUGAAACGCCCUUCCUGGUUCAAUCAAUGGUUGUUAUAGGCCUGUGGGCUACUAGGAAACAGUCUGCGCAGUCAGCAGCUGUGGAGCUCCACGGUAAACUUGACUUGGCUCUUCGGGAUCAGCAGGAAAAAUGGGACGCCUCCGAAGCAACUGAAGCUUGCAGUACUUGUGUCUGGCCAAUAGCAAUGUACCAGGCUAUUCUACUACACAUCAUCUUCUCCUUUGUUCUCAGCAGCCGGGCUGAUAUUGAUUUCGACUUGAAAAUCUCUCUUCCCCCAGCCGAUUUGGGUUUACUCGAAGCUCUUGUCCGAAGUUGUCGAAGGCUAGGCAUGUUCUAUUAUCCGAACAUUCUCUCCAAAUACGAAGAAACAGAUUUGGCUUCGUUUGUUUGGGUUAGUAUUGAAGAAAUCAAGCGAUUUAACAUAGCCUUGUACAAGGUCUGUGGGAAAGCAAGCAAAACUAGUAUAAGAGACAGAACGCACGAUGGUACUAAUGCAGUAUGGUCUUCGCUAAGUGCAGGUGAACUCCAGUUUCCCCUGCCAAGAAACUGCCCUUUGUGGAAUGCAGUUGGCAAAAAUGAAUGGACGGCCAUUGCAAAGGACGAAAAGCCGGUUUCCUUGGACGAUAUGUGUCAGCAGAACUGGAUAUCGAAUUUUGCUGGGGUAUUAGAAUUUUUUGAGCUAUAA